AUGGCCAAUGAUGAUAUCAAAUAUCAAGAGGAAUAUAUUUCAAAUGCACGCGGAUUGAACCUGUUUACAUGCCAAUGGACCCCUUCAAAUGGCGAACCAAAAGCUCUCAUCUUCCUAUGCCAUGGAUAUGCCAUGGAAUGCAGCAUUUCAAUGAGAGGAACCGGCACACGGCUGGCGAAGGCUGGAUUUGCGGUGCACGGAGUGGACUAUGAAGGCCAUGGAAAGUCUUCAGGACUUCAAGGCUAUAUUAGCAAUCUAAAUGAUGUCGUGUCUGAUUGCUUUACCUACUUUGCUAGUGUUUGUGAGAAAGAGGAGCACAGGAGAAAACGGAAGUUCUUGCUCGGUGAGUCCAUGGGAGGAGCUAUCGCGUUGAUGCUUCAUAGGAAGGAACCUACCUUUUGGGAUGGGGCCAUUUUAGUUGCCCCCAUGUGCAAGAUCGUAGAAGAAAUGAAGCCUAGUCCCAUGGUGAUUACAAUCUUAAGCAAGCUCAGCAAUGUAAUCCCUACAUGGAAGAUUAUUCCUAAUGAAGACAUCAUUGAUAGGGCAAUUAAAAGCCAAGAAUGGCGUGAAGAGGUCAGAAACAAUCCUUAUUGCUAUAAAGGAAGGCCUAGACUAAAGACUGGUUACGAAAUUUUUAUGGCAAGCUUGGAUAUUGAAAGCAAUCUUGAAAAGGUAACCCUGCCAUUCAUUAUAGUCCACGGUGGUGCUGAUGCUGUGACUGACCCAGCAGUAAGCGAGGCACUAUAUACACUAGCUGAGAGUAAAGACAAGACGUUGAAGCUCUACCCAGGGAUGUGCCAUGCUUUGACUUCCGGUGAACCAGAGAACAACAUUGACAUUGUGUUUUCAGAUAUCAUUCAGUGGCUUGAUGAGAGGGCAUUGGUUCAAAAAGAAUCAUAACUAAUAUUAUAGAGCCUAAAAAUGUUUAUAUACUCCAUGUUGCCAAGGCAGUGGGUAUAAGGUGACCUAGGGUGUGUAUAUAUAUAUAUAUUUGCUACAAUGAGUCAAGAUCUAGAAUGUACUUACUUACAUUAAAUUGUAAAACUAAUAGCUUAGUGCAAGUUUUUUAGGGCAGAGCAUGGUAGUUUUUUUGGAAGCAUUGGAUAGCAAGCUUCUA